AUGGAUAUUAUAAUAAGAGUCAAUAACCAAUCUGUAGGAAGAGACAAAUUAGCCAGGUUAGUGCAAUAUACGAGUCGUCUGGUUUGGCAUCAACUUGAAACAAGAAAUGCGAAUAAAUAUUCUGUGGACAGAGUCAAAAGUUUAGAAAAUACUUUAGGCACUUUUAGAAAAGUUCUAAGAUUGGGAAGAUGUAUAGACAUUUUCUACACAGCAUUUAAUAACAUACACAUUGAAGAUCCUUUUCUAAGAUUUACUUUAACAACAAGUAAAUUAGCACAUGCUUUGUAUCUGUAUGCAGACCACAUAGUUUGGCUAUCUAAAAGUGGUUUCUUAAGAUCAGAUUCAGAUGGUUGGAGUCAAACUGCCAACAGAUUUUGGCUAUUAUCCAUAAUUGCUAAUCUAGCUAGAGACUUCUAUGAAAUAUUACAUGUGCUGGAUGCUGCGCGUGAUGCUUUGCCUUCAAGCGAGUUGUUGUUACGAGCUCAAUUCGAAGAUUGUAGGGAACAAGAAUCUGUUUCUCGCAGGGUGUUGGUAGAGAAACCUAUCUACAGCACUUCUAACUAUGCAGAGUUAUUAGCCCAAUUUAACAAGUGUGAAGAACAAAAAUCCGUUUCUCACAUAGUACGAGAAGAGACGCCUGUCUGCAGUUACCAGCCCCAUGUUACAGAAGUGAGAAGCAACAACCUGUUCAUCGCAAAGUAUUUGGAGAGAAACCUGUCUGCAGCACAUCUAACUUUAUUGAGGAUCAACAGCUUAAAAUAA